AUGGCUGAGAGCUAGCAAGGAAAAUUCAGGACCAUGAUGAUGGCUCAGUUUCCCACAGCUAUGAAUGGAGGGCCAAACAUGUGGGCUAUUACCUCUGAAGAACGCACUAAGCAUGACAAACAGUUUGAUAAUCUCAAGCCUUCAGGAGGUUUCAUAACAGGUGAUCAAGCACGUACUUUUUUCUUGCAAUCAGGUCUACCGGCUCCUGUUUUAGCAGAAAUAUGGGCCCUAUCAGAUCUGAACAAAGAUGGGAAAAUGGACCAGCAAGAAUUCUCCAUAGCUAUGAAGCUCAUCAAACUAAAACUUCAAGGCCAACAGUUGCCUGUGGUUCUCCCUCCUAUUAUGAAACAACCCCCUAUGUUCUCUCCAUUAAUUUCUGCUCGGUUUGGGAUGGGAAGCAUGCCCAAUCUGUCCAUUCCGCAGUCACUGCCUCCAGUUGCACCUGUAACACCCCUGUCUUCUGCAACUUCAGGGACCAGUCUUCCUCCCUUAAUGAUGCCUGCUCCCCUAGUGCCUUCUGUUAGUACAUCAUCACUACCAAAUGGAACCACCAGUCUUAUUCAGCCUUUAUCCAUUCCCUAUUCUUCUUCAACAUUGCCUCAUACAUCAUCCUAUAGUCUGAUGAUGGGUGGAUUUGGAGGUGCUAGUAUACAGAAGGCCCAGUCUCUGAUUGACUUAGGAUCUAGUAGCUCAACUUCUUCAACUGCUUCACUUACCGGGAACUCACCCAAGACUGGAACCUCAGAAUGGGCAGUUCCUCAGCCUUCAAGAUUGAAAUAUCGGCAAAAAUUUAAUAGUCUCGACAAAAGCAUGAGUGGGUACCUCUCAGGUUUUCAAGCUAGAAAUGCCCUUCUUCAGUCAAAUCUUUCCCAAACUCAGCUAGCUACUAUUUGGACUCUGGCUGACAUUGAUGGUGAUGGACAAUUAAAAGCUGAAGAGUUUAUCUUAGCUAUGCAUCUCACUGAUAUGGCCAAAGCUGGGCAGCCAUUACCACUGACUUUACCUCCUGAGCUUGUCCCUCCAUCUUUCAGAGGAGGAAAGCAAAUUGAUUCCAUUAAUGGAACUCUGCCUUCAUAUCAGAAAAUGCAAGAAGAAGAACCUCAGAAGAAAUUACCAGUUACUUUUGAGGACAAGCGGAAAGCCAACUAUGAGCGAGGGAAUAUGGAACUGGAAAAGCGACGCCAAGUCUUGAUGGAGCAACAGCAGAGGGAGGCAGAACGUAAAGCCCAGAAAGAAAAGGAAGAGUGGGAGCGAAAACAGAGAGAAUUACAAGAACAAGAAUGGAAGAAACAACUUGAAUUAGAAAAACGCUUGGAGAAACAGAGGGAACUAGAGAGACAACGAGAAGAAGAAAGGAGAAAGGAGAUAGAAAGACGAGAGGCAGCAAAACAAGAACUUGAACGACAACGUCGAUUAGAAUGGGAAAGAAUUCGUCGACAGGAGCUUCUCAAUCAAAAGAAUAGAGAACAAGAAGAAAUUGUCAGGUUAAACUCUAAGAAGAAGAGUCUUCAUCUCGAGUUGGAAGCAUUGAGUGGUAAACACCAUCAGCUCUCAGGCAGACUUCAAGAUGUGCGGCUCAGAAAGCAAACCCAAAAGACAGAGCUGGACGUUCUAGAUAAGCAGUGUGACCUGGAAAUUAUGGAAAUCAAGCAACUUCAACAGGAGCUUCAGGAAUAUCAAAAUAAGCUUAUCUAUCUGGUACCUGAGAAGCAACUACUAAAUGAAAGAAUUAAAAACAUGCAGUUCAACAAUACACCAGAUUCAGGGAUCAGUUUACUCCAUGAAAAAUCAUCAGAAAAGGAAGAAUUAUGCCAAAGACUUAAAGAACAACUAGAUGCUCUUGAAAAAGAAACUGCAUCUAAACUCUCAGAAAUGGAUUCAUUUAACAGUCAGCUGAAGGAGCUAAGAGAAAGCUAUAAUACACAACAGUUAGCUCUUGAACAACUUCAUAAGAUCAAACAUGACAAGUUGAAGGAAGUUGAAAGGAAAAGAGUAGAGCUAUUACAGAAAAAGAAACUAGAAGAUGAAGCUGCAAGGAAAGCUAAGCAAGGAAAAGAAAACUUAUGGCGAGAAAAUCUUAGAAAAGAGGAAGAAGAAAAGCAAAAGCGACUUCAGGAAGAAAAAACCCAAGAAAAACUUCAAGAAGAGGAACAAAAAGUUGAAGAGAAAGCAAGUGAGACAUCUAAUGUUUUGGUGAAUUAUAGAGCAUUAUACCCCUUUGAAGCAAGGAGCCAUGAUGAGAUGAGUUUUAAUUCUGGGGAUAUAAUUCAGGUUGAUGAAAAAACUGUAGGAGAACCUGGUUGGUUUUAUGGUAGUUUUCAAGGAAAUUUUGGUUGGUUUCCAUGCAACUAUGUAGAAAAAAUGCCAACAAAUGAAAAAGCUCUGUCUCCUAAGAAGGCCUUACUUCCUCCUACAGUAUCUUUAUCUACUACUACCUCAACUUCUUCUGAACCGCUUUCUUCAAAUCAACCAGCAUCUGCAGCUGAUUAUCAAAAUGUAUCUUUUGCAAACCUAACUGUUAAUACAUCAUGGCAGAAAAAAUCAGCUUUUACUCGUACUGUGUCCCCUGGAUCUGUAUCACCUAUUCAUGGACAGGGACAGGCUGUAGAAAACCUGAAAGCACAGGCUCUCUGUUCCUGGACUGCAAAGAAAGAGAACCAUUUGAACUUCUCAAAACAUGACAUUAUUACCGUCUUGGAGCAGCAAGAAAAUUGGUGGUUUGGAGAAGUGCAUGGAGGGAGAGGAUGGUUUCCAAAAUCUUACGUUAAGAUCCUUCCUGGAAGUGAAGUAAAGCGGGAAGAACCGGAAGCAUUAUAUGCAGCUAUAAGUAAGAAACCUGUAUCUGCAGCCUGUCCAGUUGGAGAAGAUCGCCUGAGUAACAUUGGGAAUGCUAGCAAAUCUGGAACAUCAAACAAAAAACCUGAGAUUGCUCAAGUAACUUCAGCGUAUGUUGCUUCGGGUGCUGAACAACUUAGUCUUGCACCAGGACAGUUAAUAUUAAUCCUAAAGAAAAAUACAAGUGGAUGGUGGCAAGGAGAGUUACAGGCCAGAGGAAAAAAGCGGCAGAAGGGAUGGUUUCCUGCCAGCCACGUUAAACUUUUGGGUCCAAGUAGUGAAAGAACCACACCUGCCUUCCACGCUGUAUGUCAGGUGAUUGCUAUGUAUGACUAUGUAGCAAAUAAUGAGGAUGAGCUCAAUUUCUCCAAGGGACAACUUAUUAAUGUUAUGAGCAAAGAUGAUCCUGACUGGUGGCAAGGAGAAAUCAAUGGGGUGACUGGUCUCUUUCCUUCAAACUAUGUUAAGAUGACGACAGACUCAGACCCAAGUCAACAGUGGUGUGCUGAUCUCCAAGCCCUGGACACAAUGCAGCCAGCUGAGAGGAAGAGACAGGGCUACAUUCAUGAGCUGAUCCAGACGGAAGAGCGGUACAUGGACGAUCUGCAGCUGGUGAUUGAGGUUUUUCAGAAACCAAUGGCGGAGUCGGGCUUUCUCACUGAGGGAGAGAUGGCCUUGAUUUUUGUGAACUGGAAAGAGCUCAUCAUGUCCAACACGAAGCUGCUAAAGGCCUUGCGGGUACGGAAGAAGACUGGGGGUGAGAAGAUGCCUGUGCAGAUGAUUGGGGACAUCCUGGAGGCUGAGCUGUCCCACAUGCAGGCCUACAUCCGGUUCUGCAGCUGCCAGCUUAAUGGAGCAGCUCUGUUACAGCAGAAGACUGAUGAAGACACAGACUUCAAGGACUUUUUAAAGAAGCUGGCAUGCGACCCUCGGUGCAAAGGAAUGCCCCUUUCCAGCUUCCUGCUGAAGCCCAUGCAGAGGAUCACCCGCUACCCUCUGCUCAUCAGGAGUAUCCUGGAGAACACCUCACAGAGCCACGUGGACUUCGCCUCCCUCAAGCUGGCCCUGGAGCGGGCGGAGGAGCUGUGCUCACAAGUGAACGAGGGAGUUCGGGAGAAGGAGAAUUCAGACCGGCUGGAGUGGAUCCAGGCCCAUGUCCAGUGUGAAGGUCUUGCAGAGCAACUUAUUUUCAACUCCCUCACCAACUGCCUGGGACCCCGGAAACUUCUGCACAGUGGCAAGUUAUACAAGACCAAGAGCAAUAAGGAGCUGCACGGGUUCCUCUUCAAUGACUUCCUCCUCCUUACCUACAUGGUGAAGCAGUUCACUGUUUCCUCUGCCUCUGACAAACUCUUCAGCUCCAAGUCCAAUGCUCAAUUCAAAAUGUAUAAAACGCCCAUUUUCCUGAAUGAAGUGUUGGUGAAACUUCCCACAGACCCUUCCAGCGAUGAGCCCAUCUUCCACAUUUCCCACAUCGACCGGGUCUACACCCUCCGAACUGACAACAUUAAUGAGAGGACGGCCUGGGUCCAGAAGAUCAAGGCAGCCUCCGAGCAGUACAUCGACACUGAGAAGAGGAAAAGAGAGAAGGCUUACCAAGCCCGCUCUCAGAAGACUUCAGGUAUUGGGCGUCUUAUGGUGCAUGUUGUUGAAGCUACAGAAUUAAAGGCCUGUAAACCAAAUGGAAAGAGCAAUCCCUACUGUGAAAUCAGCAUGGGCUCCCAGAGCUACACCACCAGAACCCUCCAGGACACAUUGAAUCCCAAGUGGAAUUUUAACUGCCAGUUCUUCAUUAAGGAUCUUUACCAAGAUGUGCUAUGUCUCACUAUGUUUGACAGAGACCAGUUUUCUCCAGAUGAUUUCCUUGGUCGUACUGAAGUUCCAGUGGCAAAAAUCCGAACAGAACAGGAAAGCAAAGGCCCUACAACCCGCCGACUGCUGCUGCAUGAGGUCCCCACAGGAGAGGUCUGGGUCCGCUUUGACCUGCAGCUAUUUGAACAGAAAACUCUCCUGUAGGAAACUGGGGAGGACAGCACCAGGGGACCUGCCCACAAGACAGGGUCUGGACAGUUCACCUCCUGGGGCUGAGGAGCAUCACGCAGCUUCAUCCAUCACAAAGCCACAUGCUGGGGCCUGCAUUUCACUGCAUACUAAAUCGCUAAGCAAUCUAUGCAAACAUUAUCUUUCCCACAGCACAGUGCCUUGUACUAGUGUUAACAUGCUCAACUGUGUUAGAUGCCAGCAUUUCCAUUUUCAGGGCUCUAAAAGUAUUAUGUGGAAAUGAGGCAUCAGACCACCAGAUGUUACCACUUGGUGAAUGUGUCACCUGUGGAAUGGUUUGGUGUCGCCAAACUGUUCCAUACAUGUGACCUCUCUUAGGUCACAGUACUCAGGAGGUGAAGGUUUGGGAUGAAAUGCUGCGGCCGUGGCUGCAAAGCCUGAUACUGAAAUAAUGUCUACUUGUGCACUGAAUAAGACAGAAACUUGAUCAUUUUAUUUCUGAUUAGAUUUUAUUAUUCUCUGCUAAGACAAUAGAGUUUGAAAUAUAGGGGGGAAAGCUUGAUGUACUUUCAAUACUGUGAACUCUAAUAAUGUGGAAAAUAUUUUUCAACUUUAAUUUUCUGAAGUAUAAAUUAUUUAUGUAAAUUUCUUAUUUCUUGUUUCAUAGGACAGGCAUCUUUAAGCUUUAUCAUUGCCAAUAUGUACAGAAAGAGAAUAAAAAUAUAAGUUUAUGAAUGUAA